AUGGCUCCCAACGACCCUCAGACUGCCCGGACCAAGGGUCUUGUUGGCAAGCCUUUACUGUAUUUCACAAGUGUAUUUGUAUCUUUGGGAGUGUUCCUCUUUGGCUAUGAUCAGGGCGUAAUGUCGGGCAUCAUCACGGGUCCUUUUUUCAGAGACUAUUUUAACCAACCAGGCCCGGCCGAGGUUGGUACUAUGGUCGCCAUUCUCGAAGUCGGAGCCUUCAUCUCUUCACUUUGUGUUGGUCGUAUUGGCGAUAUCAUUGGUAGACGGAGAACCAUCCUUUACGGCUCCAUGAUCUUCUUUGUUGGUGGCAUGUGCCAAACAUUUGCGAAUGGUAUGCCUAUGAUGAUGGUAGGAAGACUAAUCGCAGGGUUCGGGGUGGGUGCUCUUUCCACAAUCGUGCCUGUCUAUCAAUCUGAGAUUAGCCCGCCGCACAACCGCGGCAAAUUGGCCUGUAUCGAGUUUACGGGCAACAUCACUGGGUAUGCGGCCAGUGUGUGGGUGGAUUACUUCUGCAGUUUCAUUCAAAGUGACAUUUCGUGGCGACUGCCACUCCUGAUGCAAUGCUUCAUGGGUGCCUUGCUUGGAUUCGGAAGCUUGAUCAUUUGUGAAUCACCUCGAUGGCUUCUUGACAAUGAUCAUGAUGAAGAGGGCAUUAUUGUCAUUGCCAAUUUGUAUGGAAAAGGAGACAUCCACAACCCGAAAGCGCGACAGGAAUAUCGAGAGAUCAAAAUGAACGUCCUUAUCCAACGCCAAGAAGGAGAGCGCUCCUAUGGGGAUAUGUUCAAGAGGUAUUAUCGCAGAGUCUUCAUUGCCAUGUCAGCUCAAGCAUUUGCGCAAUUGAAUGGGAUCAACGUCAUCUCGUAUUAUGCGCCACUGGUUUUCGAAUCGGCCGGGUGGGUCGGUCGGGAUGCGAUCUUGAUGACCGGUAUCAACGCCAUCACAUACUUAGGAUCGACUAUUCCUCCAUGGUAUGUAGUAGACCGAUGGGGUCGACGACCGAUCCUGCUCUCCGGUGCGGUGGCAAUGAUCAUUUCGCUCUCACUCAUCUCCUACUUUAUAUUUAUUGAUGUCAAGCUGACACCAACGAUGGUGGUGGUGUUUGUGAUGAUCUACAAUGCCGCGUUUGGAGCAAGCUGGGGACCAAUUCCAUGGCUUUACCCACCGGAGAUUCUUCCUCUCAGCAUUCGAGCUAAGGGUGCGAGCUUGAGUACUGCAAGCAACUGGGCAUUCAACUUUCUGGUUGGAGAACUUACACCGGUGCUUCAAGGAGCGAUCAAAUGGCGCCUAUAUUUGGUACAUGCGUUUUUUUGUGCUGUCAGCUUUGUACUUGUCUAUUUCGUCUACCCAGAAACCGCCAAUGUGCGACUAGAGGAUAUGAACGCCUUGUUUGGCGAUGCUACAACAGCAAUGCCCACACCAGCCACCCAGGCGGAACAAGGGCCAUUGAUGGGUAUUGGCUCACCGUCAUCGAUCGAUAUCCGAGGGGGUUCACCGCGACCUGGAAUGUUUUCAGCGGAUUCCGCGAUUCCUGGGCUUGACAUCGAUCCACCGGAUGUCCAACUGGAUUCGAAUGGCCGUCCUCGAGGCCGGGACGAGAACAAUGAAGGCCUCGGUGGAUGGAUUGGACGCAUGGUCUCGAGAACCCGUCAAGACAGUCGAGGACGGGGGCAGUAUGGUAAGAUCGGGCAAGAUGAAGACUAG